CUUAACUAGUGUUAAUUUAGUAGUAGUCUUAAAAUGUCUGGAUUUCAACGUUGGGUAGGCAAAGUUGCUGUUGUAACUGGUGCCAGUGGAGGAAUUGGUGCUGCUAUAACUGAAAAACUUGUUCAAGAAGGUGUACAAGUUGUUGGUCUUGCCAGAAGAGUGGAUCAAGUUCAAGAUUUGGCAAAGAAGUUGUCCAGUGCCAAAGGCAAACUUCAUGCUGUCAAGUGCGACGUCUCAGUAGAAUCAGAACUGGUCAAAGCUAUUGAAUGGACCAAAGAAAACGUUGGCCCAAUCCACAUUCUCAUCAACAAUGCUGGUGUUCUUCCCAAAAACAACUUAAUCAAUGGUGAUACUGAGAAAUGGAGGCAAACGUUUGAAGUAAACGUUAUCGCAAUGUUAGUGGCAACAAGAGAGGCAAUCAAAGUUAUGAAAGAAAACAACAUUGAUGGCCACGUGAUUAAUAUAAACAGUGUGGCAGGUCAUUAUGACAUUUACAAUGCUGAUGUUAGUGUUUAUGCUGCCAGUAAACAUUGUGUUACCAAUUUGACCGAGACCUACAGGAAGGAAAUCAAUGCCAAUCAAUUGAAAAUCAAAGUAACGAGUGUUAGUCCUGGACUGACAGACACAGACAUGCCCACUGCUGCAGUCAAAGCUAACAACCGACCAAUGUUAAAGGCUGACGACAUUGCCGAAGCUGUUUUCUACGCUUUGUCCACUAAACCUCACGUCCAGAUUCAUGAAAUUUUGCUUCGUCCAGUCGGGGAUCCAGUUUAAUCAACCUUAAAGCAUCAAAUAAAUAAUUAUAUUUACA